AAAAUUAUCUCCUUCAUCAUCCACAUCCAUCACCACUUCUUCGUCGUCGUAUUCAUUGGUUUGUCAUUGGCAACUUCUUCAUUUCAAAAAGGAGAACGAAAAUGAGUUUCAAGAUUUGAUUGAUCGUCAUAAUGGGUCGAAAGAAGACGAGGGCUAAACAACAUGUUGGCAUUAGGAGCAACAAUGACGAGGAGGAAGACAAGGUGGUCAUUGAGGAAGUUGUUAUACUGCCUAGUCUCAUGAAGAACUACAAGGAUCAGGAAUCUGGUAAUUUAGUUGAAGUUUUUGGGACUGACAUGGAGGAAAUGAGUGAUCUGCAGAUUGAGAGUUUUGAGGAGAAUUUUGAAGAGGUGGAUACUAUAGUUAGUGUUGUCAUGGAAAUGGAUGUCAAAGUGAAACAAGAUGUAAUCAAGAAUGAUGGAAACAAUGAGAACGCUAAAGUUAAUAUGAAUUUCAGUAAUGAAAAUGUGAAUUUGGGUUCUCAAUGUACUUUGGAAGAAAGUGUGAAUUUCAACAAUAAAGAUGCCAUUGAAGUUAAGACCUCGAAUCUCAAUGGAGGAUUGUUUGUGAAGGAAAAGAAUAUGGAUGUUAGUACCAUAGAUAAACUAAAUAUGGGUUCAAGUUCUGUUGGUUUUGAAGGGAAAGAAUUGGAUGAUGUUAUGGACGAUACCACGGCAGUCGUUGUUGGGAUUUCACAGAACGCAAUUGAUGAUUCCAAGUUGCUCACAAGAGUAGGUAUUGUACUGUAUUUUGAUUUAGAAUUUGUUUUAAAAUAAUAAUUAUUUUUUCAUAUUUUAAAAGAGAUAAUA